AUGCUCUCCCUUGUUGCCCUCCUCUCUGCCCUCGUCCUGCCCCUGUUCGCAGCAUCAUCCAACCCAAACACGACCCUCAUAUACCAGUUCCCCAACGGCACAUGGAUUGAAAACAUCGCCGUCCGCCACAACAACGCACUCCUUCUGACCCUACUCACGACGCCGGAUCUCUAUAACCUGGACCCCACCUCCUCCAAGCCCUCCCCAACCCUCCUCUACACAUUCCCCAACGCCACAGCCCUCUUUGGUAUCGCCGAAUACGCCCCAGAUGUCUUCGGCAUCGCUGCCGGAACCUACUCGUUUUCAGCUGGCGUCACUCCCCAUUCAUUCAGCAUAUGGAGCGUCGACUUUUCGCGCAGCGCGCUAGACAGCCAAGGAAAACCGACCGUCUCACUCCUCGCGCCGAUACCCCAAGCCUCCUUCAUCAACGGUAUGUCCACACUGGCCACUGACCCUAGCGUACUUCUCCUUGGCGACAUCGCUGGUGGCCAAAUCUUCGCCUUUGACACGCGCACGCGUGAAACACGCCUCGUUGUGCCUUCUUCCAACCCCCUUGUCGCAGCCACGCCUAGUUCAUUUGGCACGGUAGGUGUAAACGGUCUGCGCACGAGAUAUCAUAACCUCUACGUCGUGAAUACGGGCUCAGGCGUGCUGGGCAAGUUAGCCAUCAACACGGACGGUACGCCGCAGGCAGGCGCACAAGUUGAUGUCCUGGCUCGUGCGGCAGAUGGGACGAAUUGGGAUGACUUUGCGAUUGGUGGCCAGGGAACCGUGUUUGCAGUCACGAGUGGUGGGAAUACGGUUGUGAGGAUUGUGGAGGGCAGGGAGCAGGAGAUUAUUGCGGGCAGGAAGUACUCGAUGGAAAUCGAUCAGCCGACGGCGGUAGCAUUGUCGAGAGGGGAUAUUGAGGGGAGAAGUUGUUUGUCGUAA